CCGGCGCUCGCGAAAGCUCGCGGUCGCUCCGAGGCGUGCGCAGGCGGUCCUCCUUCGCUCCGUUUACCUGAGGGACCCGCGGCCACCCACGGCCGGCGCCGCAGCCCCCCAGGAACCCGGCCCCGAGGUGUGAGAUAUUUCAAUCAAAGGAAGAAAUAGCUCUUCUCCUAAGAUGGAAUCUGUUGUUUGGGAAUGUGGUUGAUCAACUUGAUAUGUUGGCCAAGUGGUGCCCUGUGUAAUAAAAUGAAAAGAAGAGACAAGAUGAUGUCAUUUUCCCAUAUUGUGAAACCAAAAACAAAUGCCUUUUGUGAGACCAAGUUAACAAACCUCUGACGGUGCAAAGAAUAUUUCUGCUUGAAGAACUUAACAGAAAGAUAGAAGAAGUACUUUCAAGUUGAGACCUGCAAGUGUAUAAAGAUCCAAAAUACAUAUUGAGAAGGCCUGAUCACCUGAGUCUCAUUCAGUCGAGGAAGCAUGGCUAUGAGUUGGAUUGUCUUCAUUCUGUGGCCCUUGACUAUGUUUGUGGGGCAUAUAGGUGGGCACAGUUUGUUUUCUUGUGAACCUAUUACCUUGAGGAUGUGCCAAGAUUUGCCUUAUAAUACUACCUUCAUGCCUAAUCUUCUGAAUCAUUAUGACCAACAGACAGCAGCUUUGGCAAUGGAGCCAUUCCACCCUAUGGUGAAUUUGGAUUGUUCUCGGGAUUUCCGGCCAUUUCUUUGUGCACUCUACGCUCCUAUUUGUAUGGAAUACGGACGUGUCACACUUCCCUGCCGUAGGCUCUGUCAGCGGGCUUACAGUGAGUGUUCGAAGCUCAUGGAGAUGUUUGGUGUUCCUUGGCCUGAAGAUAUGGAAUGCAGUAGGUUCCCAGAUUGUGAUGAGCCGUAUCCUCGACUUGUGGAUCUGAAUUUAGCUGGAGAUCCUACUGAAGGAGCCCCAGUGGCAGUGCAGAGGGACUAUGGUUUUUGGUGUCCCCGAGAGUUGAAAAUUGAUCCUGAUCUUGGCUAUUCUUUUUUGCACGUGCGUGAUUGUUCACCUCCUUGUCCAAAUAUGUACUUUAGGAGAGAAGAACUUUCAUUUGCUCGAUAUUUCAUAGGAUUGAUUUCAAUCAUUUGCCUCUCUGCCACAUUAUUUACUUUUUUAACUUUUUUGAUUGAUGUCACAAGAUUCCGUUAUCCUGAAAGACCUAUUAUAUUUUAUGCAGUCUGCUACAUGAUGGUAUCGUUAAUUUUCUUUAUUGGGUUUUUGCUUGAGGACCGAGUAGCCUGCAAUGCAUCUAGCCCUGCACAGUAUAAGGCUUCCACAGUGACCCAAGGAUCUCAUAAUAAAGCCUGUACCAUGCUUUUUAUGGUACUCUAUUUUUUUACUAUGGCUGGCAGCGUUUGGUGGGUAAUUCUUACCAUCACGUGGUUCUUGGCAGCUGUGCCGAAGUGGGGUAGUGAAGCUAUUGAGAAGAAGGCAUUGCUAUUUCACGCCAGCGCGUGGGGCAUCCCUGGAACUCUAACUAUCAUCCUUUUAGCGAUGAAUAAAAUUGAAGGUGACAAUAUCAGUGGCGUGUGUUUUGUUGGCCUCUACGAUGUUGAUUCAUUGAGGUAUUUUGUUCUUGCACCCCUCUGCCUGUAUGUGGUAGUUGGGGUUUCACUUCUCUUAGCCGGCAUCAUAUCCCUAAACAGAGUUCGAAUUGAGAUUCCAUUAGAAAAGGAGAACCAAGAUAAACUGGUGAAGUUUAUGAUCCGGAUUGGUGUUUUCAGCAUUCUUUAUCUUGUACCACUCUUGGUUGUAAUUGGAUGCUACUUUUAUGAGCAAGCUUACCGUGGCAUCUGGGAAACAACAUGGAUACAAGAACGCUGCAGAGAAUAUCACAUUCCAUGUCCAUAUCAGGUUACUCAAAUGAGUCGUCCAGACCUGAUUGUCUUUCUGAUGAAAUACCUGAUGGCUCUCAUAGUUGGUAUUCCUUCCAUUUUUUGGGUUGGAAGCAAAAAGACAUGCUUUGAAUGGGCCAGUUUUUUUCAUGGUCGUAGGAAAAAAGAGAUAGUGAAUGAGAGCCGACAGGUACUCCAGGAACCUGAUUUUGCUCAGUCCCUCCUGAGGGAUCCAAAUACUCCUAUUAUAAGAAAAUCAAGAGGAACUUCCACUCAAGGAACAUCCACACAUGCUUCUUCAACUCAGCUGGCCAUGGUGGAUGAUCAGAGAAGCAAAGCAGGGAGUGUCCACAGCAAAGUGAGCAGCUACCAUGGCAGCCUCCACAGAUCCCGUGAUGGCAGGUACACUCCCUGCAGUUACAGAGGAAUGGAGGAGAGACUACCUCAUGGCAGCAUGUCACGACUCACGGAUCACUCCAGGCACAGUAGUUCCCAUCGGCUCAAUGAGCAGUCACGACAUAGCAGCGUCAGAGACCUCAGUAAUAAUCCUAUGACUCACAUCACACAUGGUACCAGCAUGAAUCGGGUUAUUGAAGAAGAUGGAACCAGUGCUUAAAGUGUCCUGAGAUGGAAGACUUGGGUUGUUUGAAAAGCAGGUUUUCUUCUUUGCCUUUGCAUGACUGAUUGCCAUGACUCACUGUUAGGAUGCUUUCAGUCAGGUGCAGAUUGUGUCCAUUGAAAAGUAAAUUUUCGCUUUUUAUACUGCAACAAACUUGGAACAUCAAGGCAUCCACAAUGCUAAGAAUUAUAUCAUCGCAUAAAUAAUUCUUAUUUCUGGGUUAUGAAGAAGUAAUUAUUUGUCUGGUAAGCAUUUUUAUAAACCCGCUUGUUUUAUAUUUAGAAAAAUCCUAAAUGUGUGGUGACUGCUUUAUAGUGAACUUUCAUAUAAUAUCAACUAGUUGUGAGAUAACAUUCUGGUAGUUCUGUUAAUAAAACAAAGUUUCAGAAUUAAAGAAAUUUUCUAUGCAAGGUUUAUUUCUCAGAUGAAUAGUAGAACUUUGUAGUUUCCUUUCCACUAAGUGAAAAAGAACUGUGUUUUUAAACUGUAGGAGAAUUUAAUAAAUCAGCAAGGGUAUUUUAGCUAAUAGAAUAUAAAAUCAACAGAAGAAUCUGAUUAGUCUAUUGAAGGCUCUUUUGAAAUUCUAUCAAAAUAAUCUUUAUUCAGAGAAAUACAGGAGCAGGAUUAGCGACGGAGUAAAAGCGGAGAUGGGCAUUUUUCCCAGUAAUUGUACUGUUUUUAUUACUUUUGUAAAUAUUACUUUUACUGGCUGUGUUUUUAUAACUUAUCCAUAUGCAUGAUGGAAAAUUUUUACUUUGUAGCCAUGUUUUCCCAUGUAGUAGUAUUGAUUCAUAGAGAACUUCAUGUUCAGAUAUGUUCUGUGAAAGCAUGUAAUAGAAUAAGCAUCACACAUUAUAAGGUUUUUGUGGUAACCAUAAUUACAAAAUGGCAAAAUGUUUCCCCUGUAUUUGUUGUAUUUUUCUACAGUGAGAUGUGAUCUUACCAAAGCCACCAGAUCUUGGUAUCCAGGCCCCUCCUAUCAGUGAGUUGAUUGUCUGCACUUGCAUUGCCCAGUAGCCAAUAGGCUACAGCUUUUGCCCCACACCCUUAUUUUCAGAUUCUGAAUCAUUCUUGUUUAUAUCUGAAAUAUAUAUAACCUAAGUCCAAAGAGGUGAUUAAUUCGGGGUAUUUGAAAAUCAUUGUAGCUAAAUGGAGCAUGAUUAGUCCUGCUGUGAAGUAUCUUUUAAUCUUAAAAAUAUCAACUCAAAAAUGUUUGACAUUUUGUCUUGUAAAAUUUAAAUAAUUUAUAAUAAAGACUGUGAACUUUAUUAGGCAUGAAAUUGAUCGGAAAGGAAAGAAAAAUUCUGGAAAAUGCUGGAUGUGUUUUAUAGAAAAGUAUAUUUAAACAAGGGAUCCUCAACCCUGACUACAGAUAAGAAUCACUUGGGGAACCUCUGAUACCCGACACCUUCCUCUCAUUCAGAUGAGAACUGGUAGUUUUUUAAAAAGCUUUCCAGGUUCUAAAUCUGCAACCUGGGUGCAAGGUGUUUUAAGCUGACUUGCCCCUGAUGAUGAUGUGAUGGCAUCAUGUUGUAUCACGUGAAAAUCUAGCUGGAUUCAGUGUUAUGCUUUUAUAUCAUUACCUGAUAUACAACUGGAAUUCUGGACCCCACUUCUAAGGAUUCUUACUCAUUAAGUCAAAGGUGAUGGUAGGCCUUUAAAAUCUGUAGUUGUAAAACAAAAUACUACAGGUGAUUGUUAUGCUAGUAUCCAAGAAUCACACUUCAAAAAAUAUUCUAGACUCUAAAGAGGCCUGGCUUUGCCAUAUGCUAAUUUUUGACCUUUAACAGGUCAAAUUCUCUGAGCCUCAGUUCCCUUGUUUGUAAAUGAAGACAGAAGAUAAAUACCUACCUCACAAAGUUGUCAAAUAGGUAUCAGAUGGAAAAUCAUAUGAAAGCUCUUUGAAAAUGUUAAAGUGUUAUGAACUAUAAGGGAUUAAGAUUAUUGAGGAUUUAAGAGAUUUGUUUGAGGGCUACUAUAGUACAUUCCUUGACACGUGUUUAAUUCAUGUGUACUUUUUCCUCUCCUUUAAAACAAAAAGUACCAAGAAAUUAGGUGUUGACAGAAGCUUUCAUCAGGCACAGAAGUCAGUUUUCUGAUAAUAAUAAUUUGUGUAUCAUGUUUUUUCUUUCAAAGUAUGUAUUUCUUAAUAUUUAUUAUUAAUUCUUCUUAAGAUAUAGUUGAACAUUUGGCUCAAAUGCUUUACUUUUUCCUCCAUCUUCAUUGUCUUUUCCCUUGAAACUGGAAUUAAUACUCAAGACAAGUCGAGUCUGAAUUCCCUCACAUCUGACAGUUAGUAAACCUUUACUCUGAAAGCCAAACUUAUAAAAACUCAUUUAUAAAUAAAUCAGUAAUUCUUGAGGCUUUUGUCUGAGGAUUUCCCCUGAGAACAGCAUGAGAGACCAAAACAAACAUUCAGACAGAAAAAUAAGAAGUUAAUAUAGAAGGUACCAGUUUCAGCUCAAAGAUGUUGUCAUCCAUCGCCAUCUACAUUAUAUUAUCAAUUGCCAAAAUGUUAAUUGAUUUCUUUGUGGGCCAAGUAUAGACAGUUAAGUGAACAUCAUUAUGAAAAUCUUAACUUUGUGCUUCCUGAUUUUUAUAUAUUCAUUUGUAUCUUCUCUACUAAACUGUUGAUGUAUUUGUAAAGGCUAUAUUGGCCUUUCAGUUACUUUCAGUAUCUUAGUUUCGCUCCACAAAAUUUACUUAAUAUUGUUAAUCUAUUGUUUUAAAUAACCAUAUUUCAUUUGGGUUGUGUUAUUUAUCAAACUAGUGCUCCAAAUUAAGAUUUUUUUCUUUAAAGAAACAGUUGAAGAACUAUAGCAAAACAAUUUCAAGUCUCAACUAGCUUAAACCAACAUGAGCAAGUCUGGACAGCUUUCUUACCAUAUGUUUAAUUUGUGUUGUGAUUGGCAUAUGAUAAUGUUUAGUAUUUUAUUUGUUCAGUUGACAACUGAGAAAAUAAUAGUUCUCUCUAAAAUGUUAAUAUAUAACUGAAAGGUUUUUGAGAAGUACUCUGAUUUCAGCAAUAUUGUAUUGAAUUUUUUCAGUGAUUAAAGCAAACAAUUCAAGACAAUAUUAAGCUCGAAACAGUAGCUAGUUUCAAAGAACAAUUGAUUAAUAACUCAACAACUAGCAAAGGGCAUAGUACAUAGUAGGUUUUCAAUAAAUAUUUAAAUGAAUGAAUAACUCAUGUUAUGCAACUCACUUUCACUCUAGCAGUGAAGUCUCACUUCAAAGAAAUUUGAAGAGUCUAAAUUUAAACUAAGUGAAAUGAAGUCUCUGCUUUACCAGAAUAAUAUGCGGCAAUUAGUAAUAUGUGAAUUGCACCAAAUAAAGUGUACUUCUCCUAGAGUAACAGUCCAUAUUACUAUUUUAAUUAAAGAAAUAUAUAUACAAACUUGUACCAACACUUUAUAUUAAUUUUAAAAGGUGAUAAGCAAUUCUUAGAAGUAAGUAUUUAGGUUCUUGUUGGUUUUAUGUGAAGUUAGAUCUUUGUGUAGUAGUUGGGUAAAUGAAUAUUCAAGUAAACCUUGAUUAAUGAUGAUUUUCUAAAAGCUGUUUCUUAGAGCAGAUUUAUGAAAAUUCUAAGAAUCUCUUCAAAUUAGAAAAAUUUACUACAUUUUAACCUACCUCAUUAGUUUCUUUGUGAUAAUAGUUGGCAAUAACUGAAGUUGUAACUGUAUUGGUUUAGGCUAUAUCCCCAUGAAAUAAAAGGAACUACUUAAAAUUUUUUGAUAAAAUAGUGGAUCAUUGGCUUGAGCUUAGAAAACAUUAAUAUACCAAAGUUUCGCUAUGAUGAUAUUUAUAUUGCUUUUGACAUGCCAAAGGUAUAUUUACAUAUUAUCAUACUUGGAAUCAAAAGACCCAUAAUUAUGAUGUAAACUAGACAGCUCAUUUAAUUUCUCUUGGUCUCAAUUUCUUUGAUGUAAAAUAAGGAUAAGGUAAUUUGGGGCCCCGAAACUUACCUCACUGGACAUUGUGAGGAUCAAAUGAGAUAACAGGAAUUAUAGUGCUCUUUAACCUGUAAGUUCCCCUGCUGAUAGUAUUUGUUUUUGUUAGAAUUUUGGGGUUACAGAAAGCAAGGAUAAUGGUCUUCAGUGGUAUUUAGCAGUAACAACAGAAUAGGCAAUUAGACCAGUAUUCAUUUGGUAUAACCUUUAAAUCAGCAAUCCAAUUAAUCCUUUAAAAAUGAGGUUCUUUUUCAAGAGUGGCUAUGCCCUUAGAUUGUAUUGGUUCUUUAUUAUAUGUUAUACCAGAAUAUGCUUUCAAAUUUUAUAUAGCUGAAUUUGUAGGUCACUUUCAUCAGAAAUUUGGGGAUCUCCAUUAUAUGUUUUCUUUGAUACAGAAUGAUAUAACUACAUUAGCUUGGUUUCAAUGAAAUUUAUAAGAAAAAUAUAAAGAGAAGUGUAAGCCUUAUUUUUCUUUCUUUGAGGACUUUCAUGUGCCCAGUUCUUUCCAAUUAAGAACAAUUUUUAAAAUGUGAUUACUGUAACUUGUUGGUUUUCAUCGUAGCAAAACUUUACAUUUUAAGUGAUAAUAUUAUCUUGUUUGUAUAUUUGCAUAUAUAAUUUUUAAACCUGCAUAAAGUAAGGAUUUUUCCAUUCUUUUCCACACAUAAGCACACAAAAGAGCAUUUUUAUAGAACCUAGAUUUACAAAGGAACUCAUGAUUCUUUUAAACUUCUUUUAUGCCUUUUUUACAACUGAUUAAAAUAAGAAAAAGUGUUUAUAUUUAAUUCAGCUAUGUUUCUUGGUAGCUGUAUGAUUUUAUACAUUAUUCUUAUAUCAUUUUUAUCUAUUUUAUAUGAAAAAAUUAUGUUGACAUCUCUUAAUAUUUUAAUUCUCUUCCCUUCUUUUUUGUUCCAAUUAUAUGAGUUUUGAGAAAGGAGGAGGAAGACUAAGCAACCUUUACCUUCCAUCUGACUAUAAUUAGUCUCCUGGGUUUUUUUCUAAUGUAAAUUCUAUAUUUCUUUAAUAGCCAAAUUGAUAUAGGAUUAUAAUUUUCUCUCAGGAUCCAAAGUAUUCUGAGAAAGAAAAUGUUAAGGUCUAUCCAAAACCAGCCAUCUUUGGAGACAUUCCUAUUUGGUUGAUUCAUAAAGAUUUAAUAUAAUAAGUUAUUAAGCAUCUUUCUUAUUCUGUGAUCUCUAAUUAGAAAGUAAAAAUUUUGUUGCCAUAAAGAUAAAAGAAGGUAAAUUUUCACUUAUAGUUUAGUCAAAUCCCAUACCAGUACAACAUUAUUCCUAUAAGUGAGAGUCGUUCAGUCUAUUUAAAUGUAUUGAAGGUUGGUUUCCUUCACGGUAUUUUUUUUUAAUAAUCACUUUUCUCAGAAAAUCUAUUAUGUCCUUUCUUGGACAUUUUCAUUGGUAUGAUAGCAUUGUUCAUAAUUUUUUUCUCAUGUUAUUGACCACUGUCACCAGUUUUUCCCGAUCAAGAGAAACAAGUUUUUUACCUUGUAGUAAUUUGGGUUUUGAAAAUUGUGUUCCAUUAUUUUGGUAAUUACCAUUCACUAGUAACAUUGGUAUUUAUAAGACAGUGAUAUUUUCAAGCUUGUUAUUUUAUCAUAUUUCCUGAAGUAGGGUGAACUACAUUAUCAUUAUUAUUAUUGUUAUUAUUAUUAUUAUUGCCCUGGGGUUUUUGUUAUAUAAGUCAGCUUGUUUGUAUUGCUAACUUGCAAGUAUUUCUUUACCUGUGUUGACAUGCUUACUGACAUAAAAGAAAAAACUUUGGAGCUUAAUAAUUUCUUUUUUCUAAAUUGGCAGAUUUUUUUAAUGCUUAGUAAAAAUGCAUUAUGUUAUUUUUAAAUACCACAAAACUUUGUGUCAGAAGACCUGAUUUCUAGUGUUGCCUCUGUUUUCAAUGAGCUGUGUAACUUUGGAAUUUUACCUCUUGGGACCUCAGUUUUCUCAUCUGUAAAUGAAAGGAACAAGGGGAUUAGAUCAGGAAGUGUCUCAAAUUCCACCUGUCUCUGAUUUGGUUAUCCCUUGACUAUUUCAUAAUCAUUAUCUACGCUUACUUUUAUUCUUGUUAUUCUUCCCAUGAACUAUAUUUACGAGAUCAGCCUGUACUGUUAAUGCAAGUUAUACUCAAAUUAACAGGAUUCAGAUAUGUUGCGAAUUUUGUUUCCCAUUCGUGAUUUUAAGUAAUUUUAUUUUAUUUUAUGUUUUUCGGCCACACUGCGCGGCUUGUGGGAUCUUAGUUCCCCGAUCAGGGAUUGAACCCGGGCCAUGGCAGUGAAAGCGCCAAGUUCUAACCACUGGACCGCCAGGGAAUUCCUGCUUUUAAGUAAUUUUAAAGGAGGAAAGUUCUAUUACAGAUAAUAAAAGUAAAAGAAAGGUUACAAAUAAUUGACAUGACCUUUUUUUCUCCCAAGGGAAAAGUCUCCUAAAGAACCAGCAUAAGCACCUUAAAAUUGAGUUCGGAAAAAAAUAACAUGUAAAAUUCUGUGAUCUUUGUUCUCUUAAAUAUGAAUGUAGCUAUUUAGGCUAAACUUUUAACAAAAUGUAUUCAAGGUAAAAUUAGUAAACAAAGCAGUGAUAGCACUGGCCCAUAUAGCUAAUUAAAAAGCUAUUAGGUUUUACUGACAUUAAAAUGAUUAUAAAAUGUAAAAGGAAUUUAAGAGGAAUGGAUUGAAAUUUUUCUGUUCAAUAAUUAUUCUUAAGCUGUAUUCUUAGAUUUCAUUGCAUAAAUAUAGUUGCAAGAUUGCCAUGGGCAAGUGAAUGUCCUGCUUUAAAAUACUGUUAGAGAUAAGUGUGAUGUGUUAUUUUUUAUUUUUUUCUGGCUCUGCAGAAGAUGUUUCUCUAAAGCCUCCUUCUGUAAUAAAAUGUGGAGAUACCAUUAGUUCCAUCUCUCAGCAGAGUUCUCUUGUAGAUUUAAUUACAUUCUCUGAGAACCAGGCCAAAGAAGGUUCCUGUUACUUUUAAAGAUCAUUGUCUUUCUUCUAAUUGUCUUCAUUAGCUCAUAUCAAUCUCUUGAACCCUUGGUCUAUAGAUUUACAGUCUAGGUAUUGGGUUUGGUGUCUGAUGGGUAGAGAAGAAUAAUGGAAAGUUGAUAUAGGAAGGUGUACUGGUUUCUGGUGUGAUUUCUUUGGCUGUACUUGAUUCCUUGUCUUUGGUCAGUUCACUGGAUCAGACAACUCUCCUGACUUCCAGAAAUUAAAUUAGAUGCCCAGCUUCUCUCAUUCAGACAUGCCUGUAUUACAAUGUUAUUUUAACUGCCUGUUAAAAACAACUUUAUUUUCAGUUCUCUGUCUCUGCAUGUUUUGAUAUUACAUUUGUUAAGCUUGAGUCUGAGGUCUAAACAUUUCAUUGAGUAUUUUCUGGGUUUUGAUAAUGGGAUAUUCUAUAAGAUAAAACAGAUAAUCCUAGGGUGAUUUAAUUUAUAUUUAAACAUCCACUAUUUUUCUAUUUCUCUACCUACUUAUCCCCUCCCCCAGUCUUGAAAAGGAAGUUUAUGUCUUCCCUGUCUCCCUCCCUUAGUCCUGCCUCAGAUAAUUUUUCUUUGAACUACUCUUGUUGGCUGAAAGAUUUAAUAUGAAAUAAUUCUAUAUAUCUGAGACAAGAUCAACACAGUAGUUCUUUACACUGAGCUGAGGUGUUUAUGUACUUGAAAAUAUUGUGUUUUCUUUAUAUGUGAACUUAAAAUUAUUUUUUUAAUCAUGAAAAGGACUCUGAUUUGAAAAUAUUAGUCUGGAAAUUCUUGUCAUCAGGUGCUAUUUUUACCUUAGCUUGUGAAUUAUCAUAGUAAAUCUGAAUUCUUUAUCAUUCAUCUUUUUAAAAAGUUAAUCUCUCUAAAAUUAUCCCAUUUCACAGAUCUUUAAUACCAACUUAAAACAACUUUUCUGCUUUUAUUUUGAGAAAUGCCAAAUUCUGUUUUCGAGAGUUUUAUUUUUUCAUUGCAGUUUAAAUGUAUUGCAUGUGGGAAGGAGUGACUGCAGUUUAGAAAUUUACUUUGGCAUGAUAAAGAUAGCAACACCACAAUCCCUUACUCCCAGUCCCAAAAAGAAAAGUUCAUUUGACACUCAAAAGCUAUUAAAUUGUCUUAUUUUUAUUUGAAAGAGCUAUGGAAACUGUUUCUUCUAAUUUAAACUUUUUAAAUUAGGAAAAUACCAACUUCGCUGUAUUUUAAUCUGUUAGUGAAUUGGGGAUAUUAUUUAUGUAAGUAUAUAUGUCUACAAUUUAUUAUAGUUAAUAGUUAUUUCACUUUCUGUAAUAUACGAUACCUGAAGCUCACAUUUAUUUAAUGUGAGGUGUUUUUUUUUGAGACUUUUUUUGUUUUGUCUUAUUUUCUUAAUGUUGUACAGUAUUGUAUAUAUUAGGUUAUCACAGUCAUCUCAGCAGAAAAGUCUUCCAUAGAUGGACUGUUCUUUCUGAGAAUCAGCCCAAGGGGAUUCAUAUUACAUGGUCAUAGUUGGAUAGUAUUAUUCUGAGCUGUGUGAAGUUGCUGGUUUUGUUGAUCAAAUGUUAACAAUUUCAUAAUAUAUAUUCAAGAAACAACCAAACAAAGAUCCUUUAGAACAGAUGUAAGGACUUCCCAUUUCAACUCUUUUAAUCAACCUACCAGAGGCUUUAUGAAAGAGACUCAAACUACAGAUAACCAUAGGUCUAUCAAGAAAAUUCUGCUUUGUUUUGCUGUUAAAUUGCCCAGUUUUCAAAGAUGUUUAAUCAAAAUGACUUCAGUAAUUGAAGCAAAUAUCUUUUGGGAAUACAUAAGUUACAUACGCCUUUCAUUAAAUCUGUAUGUAGUUUUUAAGCUUUCAUUACUGAAAUAUUGUUAUACAUCUAAAUAUCAUUUAGAGGCAAAAUAACUCCCCUCCCCACCCAAUAUCUAAUAUGGACUCAAAUUUUGCCAGCUAUAGAAUUUUAUCUUCUUGAUAGGCAUUCUAAAAUAAUACUAUUAUGUUAUGUAGUCAACAAAUUUGCCUUAAAGUGCCAUUUAAAGAUUUUCUUUAUGCAUAUGUUUCAGGUUGUAAGAAUUAAAAUAUAUGAGUAUAAAAAAGCAUAUAAAAUUAAGGAGCUCCUACACAGGAAAUCCCCAAUUUUAAGUAGAGCUAUGUUCUAAAAGGUUGCAGAUUGCAUUGUUCCAAAGUCAUACUACAUCUCCUCAUAUAAAUAAUAUUUUUGUGAAUAAGAAGGGUAACAGAUAGCCAACAAGAGCUGACCUAGUGCACUCCAGUAUUAAUCUAGGGGUCUUGGUUUGGAAUAAAGUGUUAGUGACUAUAGCCCUUUCACCUCUCUUAAAAACAAACAAAUACAUUGUUGUUAGCACAGAUUACUAUCAGUUAGUAGAAUAUUAAGCUUUAAAAGUGGAAAUAAUUUAGUGUUGGUGGAACUGUUUUGAGACAGGAGAUAUCAUUUAAAUGACCUAACUUGGGAAUCUGCUCCUCUUUCCCUGAACCCAUGUGAUGACUGAAAGUGCUGUAUAUUUUCAGUGACCUUGAAGAAAGGAGCUAGUCAUUUCUUUUUUAUGCGUCAUAUGAAGUCGGGGCCUUGCUGAUCUCAUGUUUUUCAGUUCAAAGGCUGUGUCAGGAACAUCCUAGAUAUCCUUCACCCAUGCUCUUCUAAGGCUGUCUGUGUUUCAGGCUCUGUCUACCCUACCUUCAACUAGGCCUGUCUUCCAGCUCUGCUCCUUGAUGUUAAAUUUACAGAUGGGCACUGUCCAUUCUUGUUUUAAAAAAAAGUCUUUCCUCAUUUUACUGUUAUCAGCAAUGACCACCACCUUCUCUUUUUUUCAAGAGAUAUAAAGGUAGAAAGGAUAUUCCUUUUUCAUUAUUUUCAAAAACUAUUAUUCUUAAACAGCUGGCACUUAGCAAUUUAGUUUUCAAACCCUAAUCUGAAUUAAGUUGAUGAGGUGAUCCUAAAAUUGAUUCUAAAAUUUUAAUCUUGCUUUAUCAUAUAAACAUCUAGUUAGAAACUGUUUAUGCUAAUAAAGACUUGUAUUUUGUGGCAUUAGUUCUUCAUGUUUCUUUUUUAUGUAUUUAAAAUCGUUCAUUCUUUUCCAGAUGAGUGGAGAAGUUACUGUUGAGCUCUGUAUAGGACAAGUGCGCUUGAUUAGAGCAUGAAAUGUACUUUCACAUUAGCUGGAUGUGCUUUGCACUCUGCUCUUGUAGAUUUAUUUUGUUUACAGUAGACUGAUGUCAGUUUUUGUAAAUGUUUUUACUUAGCACUUUAACUGUGAGUGUAUAAACUGAUUUUAAAUGUAGUGGUUGUAUAUUUUGGUUAUAAAUUGGAAAUUUGUAAUAAAACUAAAUGAUUUGUUCUGUA